AGUACAUGAUUUCAGCGAGGGAUUCGAACAAUAUCCAAACAAAACCUCAAGUGGCAAGCGUGUGGGGGUGGGGGAGGGAGAGGCUACAACCACGCACCAGUAGCAGCAGCCUCCACUACAUAACCAACCGGCUAUGCAGCUAUGCUAUGCUAUGCCCUUCCUCCACAUACAAGACAACCGCAGAUCAACACACGCAACUCACUCACUCUACUGCCUAUCACCAUCCUCUUCGCCUAGCGAGAAGGGACGCCAUCCAUCCAUCCAUCCAUCCAUGGAGCUCUUUGCAGCAGCCGAGGAGAAGCCGUGCAGGCUGUUCAAAAAGAGGAGCGGCGGCGGCGGCAAGGGGGGCAUGGGCGUGCGCGCCGACGGCAGCGGCAAGGGCGGGUCCUUCUCCGGGCGGUGCGCGCGGCUCGUCAAGCAGCAGCGCGCGCGGUUCUACAUCAUGCGCCGGUGCGUCACGAUGCUGGUGUGCUGGCGCGAGCGCGAGUACGCCUGAGUCCCGAGUCCUACGACUGGCAGAGGUUGCGGCGCCGCAUGCAGGAUGCAAGCAAGCUGAGACGAAAGGAGGAGGAGCAGCAGCAGGCAGCAGCCGAGCAGGUCCAAGAAGAUGCUCGAUCCGUCUCCUCUUUUAACCAGGAACCAAGAACCUUGUGUAAAGAGAGGAUCUUUCUUUCUUUUUCUCCUGCUUUGUGCUCUUGUUCUUUUAGCCGUUGCAGGAGCAGAGAGAGAGCUAUGCAGGCUAGAUGAUCACGGCGCCGCGCUGUUCCGAUGUAAUGCGAGCAUCUAGUUUCUAGUAUACAGGAACCUGAGCUGUUUAGCUAGUUGCUGGUGCCUCUGCGCCCCCUGUCUUGCGCCUCCUCGAUGCCGUGCGGUCGUUCCUCAUCGGAGACCGAAUCAACUGUUGCUCUGCUAUUUCUUUA